CGUGCAACUGUUUGCUCCGUUUACAGAACGUGCUCUUAGAAAUUUUAUAGUACCCUUUCGCGACGUUAAUAGUUUGGAAGAUAUUCGUGAUCAUCGAGACUCUUGGAAAGCAUCUAGAACGCGUAUCUGUAGCGCGCAUCUCCCACGAAGAACCCUGCCCAGGCACCCCUUAAACUUCGAACACCAAAACGCAUCCCGGUCACGCGUUUCAAAGUGGGAUAUACGGUUCGCCAAUCGAAAGAUUAACUGUGCACCAAGGAGUGACGAACGACAGAGCAGAGAAGAAGAAUAGGAUCGUGUUUAUAAGAGGACAUCCAGAAAAAGUUGUUAAUUUAUUCAAUGAGAAUGGGACAGGGUGUGUGUCGGCGGAUCGGAUGGCAAGAAAGGGAAUGCACUUAUUGGCCAGCGUCUGCGUACUCAUAUUGAUCUGCGGCGGUGGCCGUGGAGUAAGGGUGUCUGCGGGUGGGACACCUGAAACCUGCCCAAAAUGCAUUUUUGUUUGCGGCUCGCGCGUCUUCUUCUGAUCUCCACGGUAUUUUGCAUCGGCCUCUGCUCCGAAGAUGAGGAGAGGUUGGUCCGAGAUCUGUUCAGAGGAUACAACAAACUUAUCAGACCAGUUCAAAAUAUGACGGAGAAGGUGCAUGUGAACUUCGGCCUGGCUUUUGUGCAGCUGAUCAACGUGAACGAGAAAAAUCAGAUCAUGAAGUCGAAUGUCUGGUUGAGAUUCAUCUGGACGGAUUAUCAAUUACAAUGGGACGAAGCGGACUACGGCGGCAUUGGGGUUCUCAGAUUGCCACCUGAUAAAGUUUGGAAACCGGAUAUCGUAUUAUUCAAUAACGCCGACGGUAACUACGAAGUACGCUACAAGAGCAACGUUCUGAUUUACCCUAACGGCGACGUGCUAUGGGUACCACCAGCGAUUUACCAGAGUUCUUGCACCAUCGACGUCACGUAUUUCCCAUUCGACCAGCAAACCUGCAUCAUGAAGUUCGGCUCGUGGACCUUUAACGGCGACCAGGUGUCCCUGGCGUUGUACAACAACAAGAACUUCGUGGACCUGUCCGAUUAUUGGAAAAGCGGUACCUGGGACAUCAUCAGCGUCCCAGCGUACCUGAACACUUAUCAGGGCGACUUCCCAACGGAAACGGACAUUACAUUCUACAUCAUAAUCAGACGCAAGACACUGUUCUACACGGUGAAUCUGAUCCUUCCCACGGUUCUGAUCUCGUUCCUCUGCGUGCUGGUCUUCUAUCUUCCGGCGGAGGCUGGCGAGAAGGUGACACUGGGGAUCAGCAUUCUGCUCUCGUUGGUCGUAUUUCUAUUGCUGGUCAGCAAGAUCCUGCCGCCGACGUCGCUCGUGCUGCCGCUGAUCGCCAAGUACCUCUUGUUCACCUUUAUCAUGAACACCGUCAGCAUCUUGGUAACCGUGAUCAUCAUCAAUUGGAACUUCCGAGGACCCCGGACGCACAGGAUGCCGCAGCUGAUCAGGAAGAUCUUCCUCAAAUACCUGCCGACCAUAUUGCUGAUGAGAAGACCGAAGAAGACCAGGCUUAGGUGGAUGAUGGAGAUCCCUAACGUGACACUGCCGACGUCCACUUAUUCAGGGAGUCCGACGGAGCUGCCGAAACACCUGCCAGCUUCGUUGGCCAAGUCGAAAAUGGAAGUAAUGGAGCUGUCCGAUCUGCAUCAUCCCAAUUGUAAGAUCAACAGGAAGGUUCAUCAUACUACCAGCGGCUCGAGCGCAGCUGGUGGCGAAGGUUUGGCUGACAGAAGAGGAUCGGAGAGCUCGGACUCGGUGCUGCUUAGCCCGGAAGCAAGCAAAGCUACGGAAGCUGUUGAGUUCAUUGCUGAACACUUGAGGAACGAAGAUUUGUAUAUACAGACAAGGGAAGAUUGGAAGUACGUAGCGAUGGUAAUUGACCGACUACAGCUCUACAUUUUCUUCAUCGUGACAACCGCGGGUACCAUCGGGAUCCUGAUGGACGCGCCGCAUAUAUUCGAGUACGUGGACCAGGAUCACAUUAUAGAGAUCUAUCGUGGGAAAUAAUUUCCACGGAACUUAGCAAAAAUUACAAAUUGCGUGCCAUCGUCGCAAUUUUCUUUGAACUCAACCAACAUCGUUACAAUCUUUAUUUCAUCGAAUCUUUUUCGUACAAUUACGCGAGAAGCUUACUUCUGGUUGAGUCGACCGCUCGUGGUUCAAUGUCGGCAUUGAACCGUUCGAGGGAAUGUUACAAGUAUUAUUUCACGGUUUUCGUGAUCAUGAUACGAACAAAGAGAGAAACAUAUUAUCGAAGAAUUUAAGAAAUUGCGAAUCGCGGCUUCGACAAUUCUCGCGCGCGAAGUCGAUCGUUGAUUCCGUUUCGUUCUUUGAAUUACAGUUAACCGUGUUCUUCCGUCUUGCGCAUGCAUAGUUUUCUUCCUUUUUUCAUCGAGCGUUUCUAAAGUAACGAAAAUCAGGAUAAAAAGAAAGGGGACGCUCAGCAUUUCGCAUCGAUCGUUUGUAACAGUCGAUCUUUCCUUCGUUUUAUACUCACGAACGACUAUCAAAGUUAAAGGAUCGCAGUUAUCAAUUCGUAACGGAAACAAAGCUCAAUGGCACUCGUUGCAUAGUAACGUACCACUUAAAUUAAUUAAACUAAGCGUUAGAGAGUAUUGCUAAUAUACCGGAUCCAUUUCGACUUCCGUUUUGUUCACGCGACGACUCGAAGUUCUCCGAGAUUCAGGUUUCCCAACGUGAAUGUUUCGUGAUUCCCAAUCGUUUGUUUUCCGUGGCUAACAUGCGUUUACGCGAGACGAUCGCCGACGAAGCACCGUACAGCGGACAUUGGGGAAUUGCAGUUGUAACAAUCGGAAGGUUACAAUUACGACGACGUAGAAAUAUAUUCGUGGAUAUAGAAAAGGACGCAAAUGAAGGAAAUAGAGAAACUGAGAGCGGAAGCGAUGAGCUUGAGACCUUUAACUCAAAAAUCAAACUUUUAUUUUCGACUUUGGAUGAAUGAACUUUCGCCAUCGUGUUUGUUAUGAUUUUCUAAUUAAAAUGACGCAAAACACGAUAGAAUUACGAUCAUCGAUGCUUAUAUAAUAAGCGAUUGAAGUUUCGGAUAUAGAAAAGACGUUGAGAUCGUCGAGUUCGACAAUAAUUGGAUCAUGUUACAUCCAUCAACCACGGCUGGUCGAGUGCUAUGUGCUAAGACACCCACAAACAUUAAAACCUACGGCGAUGCAGGUAUUGCUACAAGUGGAUUUGAGUCUUUCAAGGUUUCAUGAUACAUAUUGCAUUCAAACGAAACGUGGAAAAGGCUCAAAGGCGUACCAGGAGCUUUAGAAAUUGAUCGACUAUAAGAGGAAUCCGGUGGGGAUAACGACGUAGCAAUUAUCCAAUGUCCACCGUGGUCUUCGGUCGGCGGUGUCUCGCAUUGGUAGAAUUAAUCAUGGCUGCCUCCACGAUUGAUUGUCUUCCUUCGGAACCUUUGUCGCAAGCAUGCUGAAACGGACGCGGAUCGAGCGCGAAACUGGCGAACCACUUAGGAAUCCACCGUUAAAUUAAUGUCCAUCGAUCGCCUGUCCUAGACGAGUAACUCGGGUAAUAUCGGGAAUCGGAUAAGCGUAGAACGUAGAUAUCAAAUAAUUUUGAUAUUAACCGUGCGAAUUACCGUUGCCAUUAUUGUAAUCUAGCGGGGGGUCCAGGUCGGAACGAUCUGUGCCGAUACAACGCCGGGGAGCCGUGAUCAAUCCAUUCCACCGACUGGCAGAUGUAUUUCAAUUUUUCUACUGUUUUGCUAUAUACAUUCUCUCGGGAUCGAUUUCGGAAGUGUUGCAAGCUACGUUACACUAGUUAUAACCUGACGAUUUCUUUUAGACAAUAAAAAAUCGAAAAAUCAUUUUAAAGUAAUUUUCUUCUAAUGAUAAGGAUCUCACAGCAGGCUGCAAGGCAUGACAGUGUCGUGGAUAGUUUCGAACGGUCGCGUACUUACAGGAUGUACCGUUUGUUUUGAUCACCCUAUGCGUUUCCGUUGUUUUAUACGUGAAAAUGUUUCAAAUUAAAAUUUGUACGAUAGGAGGUGAAAUUGUGUUAUCAAGAUUUUGUGCUUUGCACUUUGGAUUUCAAGAUUUUUGGGAUCUUUUAAGUAGAAUCAUUUUUUUAAAUAUACGUUCUAUCUGGAAUUAAACCAAAUUUGAACAUGACGAAGUAUAUGAUUUUAUAUAAAAACGUAACGUAGAUCUUGAUAUCUCUAAAAAUAUUAGCUUGAUGCUUUCCAUGUGUUAAACCUUUUUUUGUAUUAUCAAAAAUAGCUGUUUAAGGUGGUCAAUAGCUGUUUUAUUGGUUUUCUCUCGAUCUUUGCUUGGAAGAAGUAAUUCGACCUCUUUUCUACAAGUUCUGCUGUUUUCGAAAAGUGCACUAUUUCGAAUUGCAGAUGAAUUUGAAUGAAAAAUUAUUUCAUACGUUAAAACUUCACAGAAUGGAACAGUUGAAAGAAGCAGAAUGGUCUUUUUAUUAAGAAGAGAAUUAUUGUAUGAUUUUUACGUGGUCAACACGGUGCAUAUUUAGUAUCGGUAUCCACAUAAUGUUUACCUUAAAAUUCUCAAAUUUGUUUCGAAAUUUAGUUAGAAUCUUCUUCGGGGGAGAAGUCCAACGUUCCCAAUUUUGUUCGUCGCGGUCGCGAGUUGUACGCUUCCCCGUGGCUCUUCUUCUGAAGAAAAAUUGAACGAAAUUUCGUGCAACAUUUGCUGAUACGAAAGCGCACAUUAGAAGUACAACGUCACGGCCCUGCGUUCUUAAUCGUUACAAGCGAAAUCGCAAUGGAAUAAAAGGGAAAAAUGUGAAAGAGGAAGGAGAAUUGUAUCGUGUACCGACGUACGAAAAUAUCAUAGUCAAACUAUACGAGUAUUGUGCAGACGAUUGUUAAACGGUCAUGUUUUCUCUAAUAGAACGUUUGCUCCACUUGCAAAGAAUGUUUAUGGUUGCUCGUUAAAGAUCGUUGAUUUUCAUGUACGUAUUGCCUACAGUUGUGCCUCGUGAAUCAAGCCAGUUGUUACGAGUGAUGUUAUUGUAUAUAUUACGAGAAGAAGAAAAAUGAGAAAAGGAAAGAUUUCAUUUUCUAUUACGGGGAAUCUCCAUCACGGUUGAGAAAGAGAGCGAGAGAGAGAGAGAGAGAGAGAGAAAGAGAGAGAGAAAGAGCGCGCGCGAAAGAAAGUGAGAGAGGGAGUGAGAAAGGGUGAAAGAGAAAGAGCGCGGCAAUUUUGAACCGCAAGGUUUUCAUUUAUUCGACGACUUCGAAGGGAUCGUUCCAAAGUAAUUGCAUGUCGUUUUGAUAAUUUUAUACUCGAGAAUAAAUUGUAAAGAAAAAAAAGUGCAUCUCUCCCGACUGGGUCCGAACUACGGAGUCGGACCGUCGUGUGUCACGGACAUUCGAUUUGUGAUUGUCGAUAGCGGAAAAUAAAAGGAAAACACUCUGACGGAAGCGUAAAUGCGAAAAAAUAUAUAUAGAUAUAUAUAUCGAUUUGAUGUGCGAACGUUAAAUAGGGAAGCCAAUGUUUUUUCACGAAAACUCAUCGAACCUUUGCGAUUCGUUGUCCUCGUCGCAUGCACGGCAACAUUGAUGAUGUAUGAUACCACCGCUCGCGGUUAGAGUGACGAAUUAAUUCCUUGAUAGAGCGACACGUGUCUUCCUUGAACAAGAUACAAUAACUAGAAUUUAGUCCCCGAGAGUGGAGUAACUAGGUGAUGCUUAUUCAUUUCUAUACAUUUUACUUCUAUAUAUUUUAUAGCGUUGUUCGUUCGAGAAUGCGAUGAAUGAUUGUGUAUGAGAAUCACGAUGAGACAGACGACCUUUACGCGCAUCUUGCAGCUCAAGAUACGAUUGGAGAUGUCAGUUUUAAUAUUAGACGAACGAUAAACCGUCGUGACUUAUCUGUAGCGAAUGUUCUGACGUAGAAAUGCUUUAUCUUCAUUGAAUUCGUAAGAAUUGAAUUUUUUGAAAAUGUUAUUCUUGAUAAAAGCGUUACAUUCUGAUAGAUUCUUUGAAAUAACUAAUAUGGGUAAUAUUGUAUAAUAAUCUGAAUUGUUCUCUGAAUUUGUUUAAUUCGUAUAUUGUUUUCAACUUGGUAUUUUAAAGCAUACGAUAGAACUUAUUUUAAGGAAAUGAAAUUAGAAAUCUUUCGAACAAUCUAACUACUGACAUCUUCAAUUAACCCUAGAAUACUAAUGUACUUGCGUAAUUUUUAAGUUUAUUACAUAUUUUAAACUCCUCCAUGGCAUCGAUGUCAAAUAUAAUAACUGGUAAUUAGAUUUUAAAGGAAAGGUGUAAUAAUUAUUAUGAACACAUACAUUUAUAAUUGUUAUAAAUAACGAUAAUAAAUGCGGCCAUAAAAAUAUUAGAAUUCUGGGGUUAUUUUAUAUUUGUAUGGACUGAAAAGUAAGCAUGAAUUUAACGAUGUAUGCGAGUGCAAAUAUAAAUUUCUUUUUCUCUUCGAGACAUUCAUUUUCGAUCAAUGAAAUUUCGCGCAGUUCUAUAUUGAUUUUCCUAAAUCACAAUUGCUGGUGACUUAUUAUUCGAUACACGCGAGUAUAGAUUCGGAUGAUUUGCAUGAAAAAUUCUCCCCUUGAUUCUCACAUACAGUUACCGAAACGUUAUUCCAUUUUAGCCGUAAAAGUCAUUGUUCAAGUUGAACGUUGAUGUAAAAUAAAUCGAAUUAAUCUAUUAGCGUUACAACAAUCAGUGGAACGUGUUGAAAUUCAUCGCGCGAACGCGCAACCGUUGAUAAAGCGUGAACAGCACUGGGUCAUGAACAGUUUCGUCUGUUUCUUCCGUUCUAAAUGAACAAAUUCCAUGGAUUCUGCACCAUUGAAAUCAAACAUCAACAUUAGGUACGUCCAUCGCUCGCCGAGUAUUCGAAAAGGCAAAGGGAACCGUCUUUGUUGCGCUUGUUACACGAUUGAAUUACAUCUUACCCUUUCUUCGUUCCUUUAAACGGCGGAGAACAGCAUUUACGAAAUUUUAUCGAGGAAUGUUAUAAUACACGUAAACAUAAAUUGUUAGAAUAGUAAGAAGUGUGUCGAGAUAGUUUUAUGUAGACAAUAAAUUAUGCUGAAUUACAUAUUCAUGGUGCCAGAAAAGUAAUUCGUUUGUUCAUUAAUUUUUUUCGUAUACGUUGAAUGUUUUCUCAUUAUUCGUUGCACUUCCGUGAAGAUUAUUAUGCAUACAGAAUUCUUUCGUUUUCUUCGACUCUUCUAACGUAAAGGUAUUAAAAAUGAUAUAUCUUUAAUGUAAAAUUUCUCGUUUCAAACGAUACUGUUCCGUAAACGUUUGAAUUGUGUAACUCUGCCGACCCUUCAGAAUUGUAAUUAAUUCUCUUGUCUACUAGAGAAAAGAAUGAUCGUGUCAGCGAAUGUACAUUAAUUUAUCCUUACUUUGUAUGUAAAAGAACAAAUAUGGGAAAGAAAAAAAGGAUCGUUGAGCCAGAAAUUUGUACUUUAUUACAUGCAUGAUAAACGCCGCGAAUAUGUUCAUGCAGGAUAUUGUUUUUCCAUUGGUAGACGUAAUUUUAAGAUAGAUAAUUAGAUAGUUCUUUUUACAAGGAAAUAAAGAUUAUUAAAUGAAGUAAGCAUUUUUAUUACUUCGCAUUUUAAACCUUCUCUGCGAUGACUCUUUUUUACGUCAUUGCAUGUUUUGCAUAUUGCAACAAAUAUGACGUCAUUUACUAAGAAGAAGG